CCUUUUUUUUUUUUUUUUACUGCAGAUUUACUUUAAGGUUCAUAAUCUCCAAGUCUAUUCUGCCUUAAAUUACCUGGAAGCUGUGCUUCAAGACAAGAAAAGGAGUGAUUUAUUAAAAUUAAUUUAUAAUCAGAUUUUGACCAAGCAUUUUGUAAGAUUACCAGUACACUUAAAGACAUGGAACUCACAGGAUAUUACCUGCAUCUUACCUUUCUGAUGACAACAGUUUUUACUUUGUCUCCUGGAACAAAAACAAACUAUAGCUACCUCUGGGUUAACAACACUACCGCCUGGGAUCUAGCUAUUCUAAACAAGACAGGCAGAAACCAACAUGAAAACACUAAUACAAACCCUACAACUACUGAAGUAAAUUAUAAAAGUAAUUCUACAAACAUGCCUGAAAUAGCAAAAUCCUCUCAGAUCGUAUCUUUAACUCCUAAAUCUGAACAGGAGCUUUAUAAACCUUCUGUUUUCAGGGACAGUUCUCCAACAGUAAAGAGCAACACAAGCAAAAAUCACAGUGAAAUUUUCAAAAAGGACGCUUGUGCAGAAGACAACAACAAAAUGGCUAUGCUAGUUUGCUUAAUUACAAUUGCAGUGCUUUUUCUUAUCUGUACUCUUUUAUUUCUAUCAACUGUGAUUCUGGCAAACAAAGUUUCAACUCUCAGACGAUCAAAACAAGUAGGCAAGCGUCAGCCUAGAAGCAAUGGUGAUUUUUUGGCAAGCAGUGGUUUAUGGCCUGCUGAAUCAGACACUUGGAAAAGAGCAAAACAGCUUACAGGACCCAACUUAAUGAUGCAAUCCACAGGAGUGCUCACGACUACAAGGGAAAGCAAAGAUGAAGAAGGAACUGAAAAACUUACUAACAGAUGCUUUAAUGAUGAAAAAAGCAAAGUAGCAACGAGUAAGGUUAUGGAGUAAAAAUGAAGUCAGUUUCGUAUUUAAUGCCAAAUUGUGGGCCUAAUAGUCUAAAAUUUGUUGUGGUGGGCCUUGCAGUUUAGACUCAAGCAGGUGGGAAGAGGAGAAGUAUAACUGUUUACCUAAUUACUUAAACUGCACAUUUUUGUCUUGACACUGAAUAUUUUAAAAAGCAAAUAAUAAGGCAACCAAACAUUUGGGGCACGUUUUAAAGAUGAGGUGAGAGAGCUGGAUAACAGGUAGAAAGGGAUAAUAAGUAUUUCCUCUGCAGCAACAGUAGUUUGAUCAUCUUUGUCUGAAUAUAAUUAAUUGAACUUGGAUAAGUUUUAGUGCAUCCUGAGAGCAAGCAUAUGAUCAACAUCUAAUAGAACUCCAAUUCAUAACCCAUCAUGUUGAACUGAAUAGUUUAAUGGAACUUUUUUUGCUGCAUGAGGCAGAAUCCAUACCAGUUCAUAUUUCAACACUGCUAAUUUUAGGCUAGAUGUUUUCAUCUUUAUAUAUAGCACGCAUAAGAAAGUGUUUUCCUACUAUAAAUAUGAAAUUAAAACAUAAUUUUGUAGAAUAAAUUAAGACUAGUUAAAAUAAAACUGUGAUUCUGUAUACUUGCAUUCAAGUUAUUAUCUUAGGAAACACAAUGUAAAGAUCAAUAAGAAAUAGGGCACAACUAAAACAGAUGAUAUUUAUAGCCAUACACUUAGAAAGCUAAGUAUAAAUGUAAAGUCUGCCUUACUGUUUAAGUGUAAAAUACAUCUCUUCUAUAAAUAUAGCUUAUUGGAUUAUUGUAGCAAACACUCAAAGUCUAAUUAAUUUUUGGACUUCAAGGAUACAAAAGUGGCCUAAUAAAUGACCGAUUUUACUUUGUA